GCCUGUGUUUGGGAGGGGACCGGAUUCCUGAGCUGACCGCAACCGUGGUCCAAUCUGAGCUGAAAAAGACAGGCGGGAGCGGGGAAUCGCACUCAGGGAUUGAAUAUUUUUGACAAAACAAUGUCUCAGGCUGGAGAAAAAGUUAAGUUCUCUGACUCUGCUGGAUAUGUGGGAUUUGCGAACCUGCCUAACCAAGUCCAUAGAAAGUCUGUCAAGAAGGGCUUUGAGUUCACACUCAUGGUUGUUGGUGAAUCUGGACUGGGAAAAUCCACAUUGAUCAAUAGCUUGUUUCUUACUGAUCUUUAUCCUGAACGGUACAUACCAGGUGCUGCAGCUUCAAAACAAUCAUCCACUACAUUGACAAUCAGUUUGAGCGAUACCUCCAUGACGAGAGUGGGCUGAAUAGGCGCCAUAUUGUCGAUAACCGUGUUCACUGCUGCUUCUACUUUAUCUCUCCAUUUGGACAUGGGUUGAAACCGUUGGACGUGGAAUUCAUGAAAGCUCUUCAUGGAAAGGUGAACAUUGUGCCUGUCAUUGCCAAGGCGGACACUUUGACCCUUAAAGAGAGGGAGAGACUGAAAAGAAGGGUCUUGGAUGAAAUUUCUGAGCAUGGAAUACGCAUCUAUCAGCUCCCUGAUGCAGACUCUGAUGAAGACGAAGAGUUUAAAGAGCAGACACGGGUUUUAAAGGCAAGCAUUCCCUUCGCAGUCAUUGGUUCGAACCAGCUCAUUGAAGUAAAAGGGAAAAAGAUCCGUGGUCGUCUUUACCCCUGGGGAGUUGUAGAGGUUGAGAAUCCUGAGCACAAUGACUUUCUGAAGCUACGAACCAUGCUUGUGACGCACAUGCAGGACCUACAAGAGGUCACUCAGGAUCUUCACUAUGAAAACUUCCGAUCAGAGAGACUAAAGCGCACUGGCAAGCCAGUGGAAGAAGAAGUAUUGGAUAAGGACAUGAUUCUUCAGCAGAAAGAGGCAGAGCUAAGAAGAAUGCAGGAAGAUGAUUGCCCAGAAUGCAGGCUCAGAUGA